AUGAAUGAAUGGCAACCACAUAUGAUCCAUUGGUUUAGAAAUGGAGAAUUUCUGGAUCAUACAAAGUAUGCCAAUAAUGAGCGGCUGCGUGAGAAUAAAAAACAUUUCUCCCUGGAGAUCAGGCGAGUCGAAGUGAGCGAUCAGGGUUCGUGGGCAUGUAAAGUGUGGAAUCAAGCUGGCUCUAUAUUUCGCAAUUUCACUCUUGAAAUUAUUGAUUUUUGCGACUAUUUUUUGAUGCAUGAAUUUCCGGCCCAGAACGUCCCGGAAAAAUGCAUCUGUUUAUGGUAUUUGACUGGCGAAUACCGGAAGGAUGGCAUUAACUGGACGGAAGUCAACAGCGAUCGUUGUGAACCCUUCAAAAAAUACGCGUCCAAAAUCCGGAAGCCGUUUGGCAAAAAGAUUUGCGAAAAUGGUGCAUGCGGGAAUGAGUUACCCGGUGCGGAUGCGCAUGAAGUACUGCAAGGAGUUGGACUGCAUGAUGCAGUGCCGAGUGACAUUGUGCAUGAGCAGCCGCAACUGCCACCAGAUGAUUUUUUUGAUCCAGAAAAAUUACUCAACUGGUUGAUGGAAAAUGAUUGGGCGGACGUGAGUCAUUUGCUACCGAGUCUGAUAACACAGCAAAAGAUUGCCACAGUAAAACAAGCACUGACUGAUUGGGAUACUUUAGAUGCCGCUGAAAAACGUCUUCGGGCACGAACACUUCUUCAACAAGAAAUUCCGAAAAGCAGAAGGAAAAUUACAAACACUGAUAUCCAAAAUACGGAUCUAGAAAGUAAGGACGAUGAUAGCUUCAUUCACAACAAUGAAAGCACAAUCAGUGAUGAAGUCGCUGAAAAAUUGCCUGAAAAGUCACCUCUUGAUUUAUUAAUGCAUGACCAGCCACGCUCGGAUACGUCGCGUGAAGAACGUCUAACCGAUAUUGCGCCACAACCGAUUGCUGCGCCCGAACUUACAACAGCAACAACUACUACUACAGCAAGGAUUUUAUUCCUUGUUACGACAAAUUUAACGACACCGCGGCCAACAACGCGGCUCUCUUUUCCGCCUCAAAAAGUACCACCGUACUUCAAAGUGCGUGACGAAGACGCGGAUACAUCAGUAAUAACACCUUCCGGAAGAACAAUUAAAUUGCAGUGCAAAGCUGGAGGGCAACCAGAGCCUCAGGUAAUUUGGUUCAAUAACAACAAAAAAGUAAUAACGACCGAGGUCCGAAGGCCUGUAGGAACAGAAUUUCGAUUGCGAAAAAACACGCUAGAAAUUGAAGAUGUUGCAGAAUCAGAUUCCGGUGACUAUACUUGUGAGGCGUUUAAUUCGGCGGGCUCAGUGACGCGUACUUUCAAACUGCGGGUAGUUGAUCGAAUGCGCUCCAAGCCAAUUAUCGUGCCAAACAUACUUGUCAAUCAGACAGUUGAUGCUAACAGCACUGUAAAUUUCACUUGCAAAGUUAUUUCCGAUCUGACACCACAUAUUGUUUGGAUGCGUAUCGAAAUGACUAAUGAUUCGAUUUAUUAUUGGAAUGAAACCGAUCGAAAAUACGUCUUUCGUUAUACUGAUAUGCAAACCGUGGAGAAUGCAAUUAUAACAAAAACUUCGCAAGAUUCAUCGACGCUAACGAUCGUGAAUGUGACGGUUGCCGAUCAGGGAAUGUAUGCUUGUGUUUCCGGCAAUCAUCUUGGCCAUGCGAUAGCUAAUGCAACGUUAACCGUAAAUGAAUUCCAUGCGAUGACGUUAGCAACAGGAAAUCCGGACUCCAAGUGGUCUCGGGCUUCAGUCAUUGCGCUCAUAAUUCUUUUCAUUCUGCUCGUCCUCUCUUUAGCUGCCACUAUAUUUUACAUAUUUUGCGUGCGAAAGCGAUCCAAGGCACAGGUGGCCGAAAUGGAGCAGUUCAUCGGUCCUGUCAAAAAAAGGGUAUAUCUGUUUUUUUGA